AGGCUUUUCCUUCAAUCUGUCAUCUCUCGCGGAUGGGUCACAGACAGCGUCGCGAAAGCGUUGGCCCGACAAUCUGUUGCUGCCGUUAAAAGCACUAAUGCGUCAAUUAACGUCGUAUUUUCGGAAGACUACUUCAAUGACAUGGUAGUUCAGACAAAUCGGUCGCUUGAGCCCCUUGGACUUGCAUUCCGACGAGGCGAUAGCGAAGUGGACGGCCGGGUUUUCUGGGCUAUAACGAAUGAUAAAGGAGACGAGAUAGCUCAGAUGGCCACUCAGUACAGCCCGAAUGAAGUUGCAUAUUUCCGCCAACUUGCAAGUUGCACAGCUGUGGAGCAGAUAAUGACUGCGCCCAACGAAACAUUUUGUGUUUCUUCGCUUGCCGCUUUGAGAGAAGUGAGCAGUCUGACAACCAGAGGGAACAUGACAAAAGCACAGGCAGAGAUUGUGUUACAAAGUUUUGUCGUUCGGGGGUGGCUCCUCAAGAGCAGACAUGGGAGGUACUCUUUAUCACCACGCACUAUUCUGGAACUGGAGCCUUAUCUUAAAUCGACUUAUGAAGAUGAAGUUCUUCUUUGUGCAUCUUGCGAUCGCAUCGUCACUAAGGGUUUAUCAUGCUUUGUCCCAGAAUGCCGAGUGCGUUUGCACGAGCAUUGUUUCAAUGCUCGAAAAAAGGCGGCCAAAUCGCGGCCAUUGAAGUGCCCUUCAUGUGACGGGGGCUGGUCAUCGCAAGGUCUCAAUAAAGUUGGUGAAGAAGCGGUUCGGGAGGGCAGCGAAAAGUCGAAGUUACGCCGCAAGCAAUUCACAGAGCCAGAUGUUGCUGCGUCAGAAGUUUAG